GCGCAUCCUUGCCAUAAAAAUAAUAUAGAUGCGGACACUGGAUAAUAUCUCCAGCCAGGAAGUAGUGGGAGCCUUUCGCCAAUGUCGUUGUCUGAGGUGCAUUUAUCCUACCCUAUCUUUACAGAUAAUAUCCCAUACGCUGCGUAUCCGUCCCUUCCUUUCUCCGCCUGCGCCAAUGUAUCCGUUCACCAUGCAAUUCUCAUAUUUCCAGCCUAUUGGAAGUGCCUUCUAUCCACGCAGAUUCCCGCAUCCUACAUGACGACUGUCUUGGAUGUAGUCAUGCCAUGUACGGCAUUCUGUCUAAUGGUCGCGCUCGGCGACUAUAUGCGAAUGUCAGCAAACCGAUAUAUUUAUAGCCUGGUCACUCGCCGUGUCUUCAGUGUACUGCUCGUACAUCGACGACUCUUCGAUGCUUGGUUCGCUAUGGUCUCUAAGUCUCAACGGAAUGGAAUUCACCACGUCCCCAUGUAGCUUCUCUCUCAGAUGCUGUCUUGCAUUAAG